AUGCACAGUCGUAGUUUCAGCCUAGAUAAAUUGAAGUCCAAGGUCAGCCGACGGUCGUCGUCGUCAGCAUCCUCAGAACUCUUGGAAUUCCCUUCUAUAAGUUCGUUGGGGGGUGCUCUUUCCAGCAGUUUAGGGAGUGAACGAAGGAAUUCCUUAUCAAACCCCAUGAUUAUGAUCUCCGAAUCUGCCAACGAUGGUCUCCAGACCGACGGACCUUCCACUGCCGCUAGACUCAGAGCACAGUCGCUAACCGCAAACAGAUCAAGAUCGCGAUCCAAUUCCAGAUCAAGAAGUAACACAAUCAGCUCCAAUCUGAAAAAGAGCACCAAGGCAUUAAUUAAACAGGAGGUGUCGCAUGUUAUCUCCAAGAAAUUGAUUUCGUUUUUACAAGAUUUUGGAUUACAGAAUCCAAUUAACUUAAGAAUUGCUAAUAAUUCAUUAAACACAUCAACAAGCAGUAAAUCUAUCAAGAUAUACAUUGCCAACUCCAAUGAUUGUAUUUAUUUACCACCUGCCAGCAGCGCCAGCUUCACCUAUGAAGACGUAGAGAAUGGCGGUCGACCCGAUAUGAAUGGAUCUAGAGGCAGUAGCGUCACUGAACUCAACGAAGUGGAUCCCAUAUCAAUACCUCAGCUGGUGCAACUGGCAGGCCAGGAUCAAGCAGAACGUAUUCAGCACCACUCAGAUUCAGUCCAUAGCCUAUUUCAAUCGUUUUAUUCUCCUAAUUAUCUCAACUCCAAGGUUGAAGCAGAUUGUCCUAUUCCCCACACAUUUGCAGUAAUUAUAGAGUUAGGUAAGGAAUAUGCUGUAAAGGAUCUCAAGUUUAAGUUCCAAUCAUCUGUUAAUUUAAUGUGGCCGAGUGGAGAUCCAUACAAUAAAUCUUACUCGAAGGAAAAGUUCAAGAUUGGGAAUAUGGAAUGGAAAACUUGCUUCCAAGAAUCCGAUUAUUACAUUAACACCUCAAAUUCUAAUGAUUUUAGAUCAAGAGAUAUUACAUUGAAUGACUUGUUGAACAGGACAAGAAGUUAUAAAUUGGUUGGCCCUGAUUCAUCAGCUUCUAAUAUUGAUGAUCUUUUUCCACUGAGCGUUGAAGCAGACCUGGUAGGUGGUUCCUUUGGUAGCAACAACGGCAACAAUAAUAGCAACUCUGGAGAGGAUACAUAUUUUGCAAAGGCGGGUAUAUAUGUAUUCCUUUUGCCAAUAGUGUUGCCUGAACAUAUACCACCGACUAUUACAUCAAUCAACGGUGGACUUGGACACAGCUUUAGCAUUCAAUUUAUGAAAAUUUCAAAUAAAUUAAAUCGUCGUUCAAAGGUUAAUUCGUCUUUUGAACUACCAAUGGUUAGAACUCCUCCUUCCUUUGCUAAUUCAAUCGCGGACAAGCCAAUCUACGUAAAUAGAGUUUGGAACGACUCCUUACACUACACUAUUACAUUCCCCAAGAAGUAUGUAUCACUUGGACAAGAGCAUCAGAUCAAUGUCAAAUUGGUCCCAUUAGUAAAAGAUGUGGUCAUUAAAAGAAUUAAAUUCAACGUAUUGGAAAGAAUAACUUAUGUAUCUAAGAAUCUUGCUAAGGAGAUUGACUUCGAUAGUGAAGAUCCCUUUUAUUUGAGACCGAUUCUACCUGAAGGGAAAGUUAGAGAAAGAAUAGUACCAAUAUGUGAAUUGAAAACCAAGGCCAAAUCGAAUAACUCUGGAGUUGAUCCUUAUAAGGAAGAAUUAAUUAAAUGCCCUGAUAACAAUUUAUUAUUCAGUUGUUAUGAACAAGAACUGCAGCGCCAGAAUAAGAACAUUUCAAACGAAAACGUUAUGAUUGCAUCACCCUUAGAUAUCAACAUUGCUUUGCCCUUUUUGACAACGAAGAGCGACAAAGCCGUUGUGACAAAUAGCGGAGGUUCUCCCAAUCAAAAUAGCCACCUUUAUGAUGAUUUGGAUAAUAUAGAUCCCCACACACCUCUUGGUGAUGUCAACAGGCGCCAAAGUUCAACUGAUUUCCCAUCUUCACCAAAAAUUGGAUCUCUUGAGACCAACAUGCAUCAUCAUGUUUCAGAUUUUAAUCUUGAUUCAACAGCUGGUUCAAGUGGUCAUUCCCAUAGGAAUGAAGGUUCCGAGCAAUAUUUUACUCCGGAUCACUCAAUAAUUAUGGGAGAAGAUGUAACUCCUGGAGCAGGAGGAAAGGAAAAUUCUCGUGUAGGCUAUACUAGUGUUACAAAGGCCUUGUAUCCGGAUUCCAAUUUCAGACAUAUUCAAAUUCAUCACAGACUUCAAGUUUGUUUUCGAAUUUCCAAGCCUGAUCCAAAGGAUAACUUCAAGGUUCAUCACUACGAAGUUGUCGUUGAUACCCCUUUAAUCCUUUUAAGUGCUAAAUGUGCAGAUGAUAGUAUUCAACUACCUCAAUACAAUGAGUUUGAAAAUGAUUUCUCAUUUGAGAGUGAUGCAGUGGCGGGCACCCUGACUAGAAAGGAUUCCUCUUCUGGUGGAGUAACAUUCAGAACUCCUCAAUUUUCUCAUAAUGGCGUUUCAAUCCAACCUUUACAAGGAGGAAUUGAUGAUGAAACUAGAGACACAUUACCAUCAUUUGAAGAAGCAACAUCACCAUCGUCUUCUCCAAUAACUAGGUCAAUCUCCUUUGGCGAUACUGAUCCUCUUAGUAGAAUUCCUUCUUUGAAUCAAAUAGACCCCAUUCCACCCUAUGAUGCACCGGCAUAUUCAGAAUAUACUAUUGACGAAAUUGUCCAACCACUGGAGCAGUAUCUUUCCACCUCGCCACAGAAAUCCAGUUCCAGCCAAAAUCUGAGGAUCAGGUCUUCUUUACUGAAUUCUUUCGCUCCUCUAGCACCGCUAGACAUUGCUGGAAUUACAAAGGAAGGAGCGGAAAUAGAAACACCAUCGCUUGAAUCUGUUAACCAAGAACCAUACCACCUUGGAGUUCCUACUACAAGGUCAACAGCUUCUAAUAUUUCCGAUUUAGAUACACCACCUAAUAUCGACUCAGAGAAUAAUGAGGUCGCAUCUACGAAUGAAUCCGAAUCUGCUACAUCAACAUCGACCAAUGAGUCGGUGAUUUUUGCCCUGUCAGAAAGUCAAGAGGUGUCUACUGUUGAAUCCAACAAUUCUGCACUCGUUUUGGAUUCUAUCUCUAAGGAAGUUGGCAAUUCAAAGGUUGCCUCAAAUAUAUCCGAUCCAGCCGUCAAUAGAACAAGGGCUAUUACUCCAAAGAGAGAUAUAGGAGCUUCUGUUAAUAAUGAGCCGAGGAGCAGGUCCGAAACUGAGUCAAUUAAUGAGUAUGACCCAAGGUCUCUCAUUCGCCCACACACCUCCCGUGUAAACACAGGGCACAGCAGUUUAUUUACUCUGGAUACGACGUACACUGGAGAUAUUCCUAUUUCAGCUACAAAUACCUUGAAUUUUUCACAAGGAUUACCUCUUUUGGAAAAUUAUAGUAAUGAAGAGUUGCAAAGGACUUCCACACAGUUUUCUUCUACAACGAAUGUCGACUCUUUGAUGGAUAAGACCGAUAAUCUUUCUUUGGUAACUGCUGAGCAAUUCAACCAAGAAAACACUAUGUUAUCAUAA